AUGUCGGAUGUGUCGAACUCCUUCUCGGCUUGGGAGACCCUGCUGGAGCACGAACCUCCGCUAUGCAUCGCAGUUCGACGCCCAGAGUCACCUCCACGUUACUAUGAGGCGUAUGACGUCAUCGGACUGACCGAGACGAGGCGACGCCACCCACUGAACGCCGUGUAUGACACUGGAGAAGAACUGUUCUUAGGAAUAUGCGACUGUAGAGAAGUUGGUGUCCUCGUCAACACGGAUAUGGUAGUAAACAUCGACUCUUUCGAACAACUUACAACCCGAGUCGGACGUUUACGGAUGAGAAGAUGUGGCCCAACGCCAGCUUUGAAAAUCUUCUUCGCUUACGCUCCAACACCAAGCUACGAAGGAGUCGAAGCUUUUUAUAGGGACCUGGAGAAGUUCUGCAAAGAAGAUCAUACCUUCUACAAGGUCAUAAUUGAAGAAUGGCGAGAGCACAGGAUACCGCUGCGCCUCACUUUCAUCGAUCUGAAGAAAGCCUUCGAUACGGUUGAGACCGAAGCGGUCAUGAAGACAUUGGACAACCGAACCGUCCCUACUCCAUACAUGAAGAUACUUCGUGAGUUGUAUAGCAAAUUCACAACCGAAAUUUCCCCAUUCUACAAUAUCAUAAUGGAAGUGAAGAGUAGGGUCCGUCACGGUAACACAAUUUCACCUAAAAUACUCAGUGCUACUCUCGAGAACGCGAUGCGAGGAUUGGAAUGGGAUAACAUGGGAGUGAAAGUUAACGCCCCGUAUUUACACCAUCUCCGUUACGCUGAUGACAUCGCUCUGGUAGCACCAAGCAUCAAUCAGGCGGAACAAAUGCUGGCUGAAUUUGAUGAAACGUGUAAAAAUAUCGGUCUUCAACUGAACCUAAACAAGAAGAUGUUUAUGACGAACGGACGAGUGUAA